GCAUAAGCUUUAACCCUAGAAUUCUUUCCCAAUUUCCCUUUCUGGCUCCGGCCUCCGAGUCUCUCGUUCUCCCUUCGACGCCGCCCACCCCUUCGCCUCUGCAUCGAUGCCGACCGCCACUCCAUUUCUACAUCCACGCCAGCCACCACUCCACUUCUACAUCGACGCCGUCCGCCACGCCGCCUCUACAUCGACGCCGGUCACCGGCAUCACUCCCGCGCUAUCCGCCUCUAGUCGUCUCUCUAGUCGGCUUCUACGGUCGCCUUUGCAUCGACGCCGACUUUUGCAAUCUGCCUCUGGUCGUCUCUCUGCCUCGCCGUCGUCACUCCCUCCGGCAGCUCUGCGGCGCUGGUCGUCUGCAGCACUGCGGCUCUGCCGCUGUCUCUGGUCGUCUGCGUAGGUGGCUACUGGUUAGGUCAGUUUGCAAUUUCUAUUUGCAAUUUGAAACUUAUUUAAGUUUUAUGAAUAGUUAGAAACUAAGGAAUAGUUUUGUUCACCCUUGAAACUUAGCUAUGAGAAUGUGUUCCUACUUUCUAGUGUUUUGUUCUGUCUUGAAACUUAGCUAUGAGAAUGUGUUGCUACUUUCUAGUGUUUUGUUCUGUCUUGAAAUUUAGCUAUGAGAAUAUGUUGCUACUUGCUAGUGUUGUUGUAGAUAUGUUGCAAUGUAUGUCAAAAGGCAGGCAGAAAUCCAGUAGCAGGCAAAUUUUGAAAUUAAAGGAAAUAUGAAAUUUUAGUUUGAACCAUUUCAUAAUGUAAAUUCAUACAUAUAUACAUCUGUGCAUCUGUUUAGGAAUCGACCUUGAAUUCAGGAAAAUUAAACAAAAGUCUCCCGAUGGGGUAUGCCAAAGAACAUAUUUUCUUAGCAAAUGUUUAAAGAAGAAAGCAUUAUUAAGAGAGUAAAUUUGAGCCAAGGACCUUGUAGUCCAGUGGCAUCAAACUCUUCCCUUUAUACUGAACAUCUGGAAAAAAAGAGAGUAAAUUUGAAAGGUAGCAAGUAAAAAAAAAAGAGAGUAAAUUUGAAAAUGGGAAAAAAGAGAGUAAAGUUGAAAGCAACAGAAAUUUGAAAACCAACUGAACAUCUGGAAAUUCUUCAACUGUUGUACAAGUUCAUACAACUUUCUAUCCUCGCAACUUUCUAUCCUCGCAAAUCUCUCUCCAUAAUCUCCAGGCUAGGAAACGAGAUUGCAACUGCUUUGUGACCUCGGCAAUGAUUUUGUUAUGAUCCACUACCUUCCGGGAUUUCAUGAUCGUCACAAUUGCAGCUUCAAUCUGUGGUUUCCGGUCCUCCUCUACUCUCUGUCUCCUUAGAAAUCUUCCACCAAUAGUUGAAGGUCUAAAAGUCUAUGAGACAACUAAGAAUGAACUAGUGUUGGAACCAGCCAUAAGAUGGGCUGCACUGGCAACUCAAACAUUGUUGUGGCAGUAGCAUUUCGGCCUCUACAAGUUAGAGUUCAGGGCUUGCAAAUUUUUGCUUCACCGCGUAUCUGUUUGAAGCCUCUUGUGCCAGCUUUUCCAUGUUUUGUGAACAUUGUGGCAUCUCAAUCUGAUGGAGAAGAGCCACAUUUUGACUUUGGAUUGGAAUUUCUUGGUGGUGAUAUCAUGGCAAUUCCAGGCUUAUAUCAAUUAGUUCAUGGCAAUUCCAGGCUUAUAUCAAUUAGUUCAGGUGUUAUAUGUAUUGAGGCAAAAUCAGUUCAAAUGCAAAAGACUUCAGGCAAAAUAGCCAACAAAUACAUUACUAUGGCUAUUUGCUAUAAUUAGUUUCUUUGUAUUUAGUUUUUACAAAGUUGUAUGGAACAUUUCAUUUUGGUUGUGAUAAUGAAGUCUUUUAAUAUAUUUAUUGAGUUUGCUUUA